AUGCAACAACUUCAUCUCUCUCAGCUAUUCAACCCCAAGUCUUUGACAUGUCCAAAAAUCAAUGGUAUAGUACAUUUUCUUGGACAUAGAACCCGUUUUCAAAAAACUAUUCACAUUUAUGAGACUAAUUUUGCUCCAUAUUUCACAAGCAAUGGCCCCAAUCUUCGCCUUAUAACAAACUUUGCACCCUGUAAUGCAAUAGCAUUCUCUACCCACUCACCUGAUGAUGAUGCAGAUUUUGUUAGCAACCCCACCAAGAAUCAGAGUAUUAAUGAGAUUCCUGAUGGAACUGCAAAGGGAAAGAGCUUUUGGGGUGGUGUUAGUUUGAUCAUUGGUGCUGCUGUUGGGCCUGGAAUGUUGGGUUUGCCUUCUUUGACUAUUAAAUCUGGUCCAUUUCCUUCAACAAUCAUAAUUCUCCUCUCUUGGCUCUAUGUCAUCUCUUCAAUCAUUCUUGUAGCAGAACUUAGCUUUUCUGCCAUGGAAGAAGAUGGGGUUGAAGAGGUGAGCUUUACAAGCCUUGCAACAAAGGCAUUGGGAAGUCAAUUUGGUGCAUUUGUUGGUCUGGUUUACACAUUUUUGUGUUUUUCAUUGCUGGUGGCUUGUAUUGCUGGUAUUGGAUCUAUUUUCUCUUCAUUGUUUCCAAGGGUGGAUACUUUGAUUGUUAAUGCCUUGUUUCCUCUUCUUGUUGGAAUGUUGAUUGUCUUUUUUCCAUUCAAGACUAUUGAUGUUGCAAACAGGCUUUUAUGCUUCCUUAUGCUUUUCUCUAUAACUGGACUUGUUGCUGUUGGAUUGUCUGUUGCAAGAGCUAACAUAAUAAGCUCAUUUGCUUUAGCCUCAUGGAAGCUUUCAUCAAUACUUCCUAUUAUACCAGUGGCUGUACUCACAUUGGGAUUUCAUGUCAUCACUCCUUUUAUAUGUAAGAUUGCAGGGAACACAGUGAAUGAGGUUAGAAAUGCAAUACUAAUUGGUGGGACUGUUCCUUUAAUCAUGGUUUUGUCAUGGAAUUUGAUUGUCUUGGGGCUUGUUGGGACUAAUUCAGCAGCCACCACUGGUGACCCCAUAUCCCUUUUGCUUUCUGUAAAUCCAUCUGCUUUAUCUGCAGUUCAAGCUUUUGCUUUCUCUGCUAUGGCAACUAGCUUGAUAGGAUAUACUGUAAGCUUGCCCAAACAGCUUCUUGACACUUUGGAGUUGGUAUCUGGAAAAGCCUCAGCUUUUAAUGAGCAUGGUAGUGGAAGAGUUGGAUUGGCCUUUUACUCAGGAGGGCCUAGUAUUGGUUAUUCAGGGACUGUUUGCUUCAGUGGUUCAAAAAAUUUGACUAUAAAAGGAUCUAAAAUGAGAUCAAAUGAGCAAAAACUUGAUCCCAUUAUAGUCCUUGUAACACUAUUAGUCCUUGGUUUCUCAGUGUUGAUAGCUUCAUUUUUUCGCUCUACAUUUUCAAGAGCUCUUGAUUUUGCUGGGGUCUAUGCCAAUUGCUUUCUGUUUGGCAUUAUUCCACCCGUGAUGACUUACUUACACCAAUCCAAGAAAAAAAUCAGGUCAUCCAUAAUUCCUGGUGGAAAUGGGACACUUUUCCUGCUUUUCAUUAUCUCUGUGAUUUUGGGAAUUUGGCAUUAGAUAUUCGGCUUUUGACCAUAUUGAUGCAAAUUUCACAAAUUUGUUCCUGAAAUUUGUUUUAAAUGAGUUAAAAAAAAGCCUCAAGAUAUUUUUCCAAUGACCAUGAUUAGAAAGAGACAAGAAGUUAACAAGUAAUAAGAAAAAGGUUAUGUAGCUGAUAGAAGGCAUAUUAUUAUAUGCUUGGCAACA